UCGGGUUACCUCAUCUCUCUGCUGGCUUAAAGCAGUAUAGAAAGACCAGAAGAAGACGAAGAAGGAGGAGGACAUGGAGAGAGUCAACUCUAAUCAUAGAUACAUAUAAUAUAUAGAAAGCUCUCAUUGUUAGGUGGUUGUUUAAUUUGUUCGAAUUAAAAUCGAAGACUCAGAAUGAGGACAGUUCUGAAAGGUGUGAAGAAGGGAAGUGGAAGAAGGUUUGCAGCAUCAAAAUUUAGAGAAGCAGUGAAUUUGGGGCUUUCUCGCAUCGCAACCCUAAAGGAGGAACGCUCUAACAACUGCUCCGCCAAUCUCCGAGCCAUCCAAUUGUUCAUUCCAUAUGGAAAACCCUUCAUUAAACCUGCCCUCCGUCGAUGUGGGGACUUGAUUAAGAAUCAAAAUCGUUUGGAUGCUUAUAUUAUUAUUGAAGGAUAUCUUAAUCUCUUGUUGGAAAGGAUCCACCUCUUUGGACAUGGAAGAGAUUGUCCAGAUGAACUGAAGGAGGCAGCAUCAGGUGUAGUAUUUGCAGCAACAAGAUGUAAGGAAAUUCGAGAACUUGAAGAUAUUAAGUCAAUUUUGACUUCUCAUUUUGGUAGACAAUUUAUUGGUCAAGCUGUUGAAUUGCACAACAAUAAUGCUCCACAACAGCGGCUAGGGGAAAAAUUGUCAGAAAUGAAACCAAGUCCAGAGAGUAAAAUGAAUCUUUUGAAUGCUAUUGCUUCUCAGAAAACCCAAGAACCUCCUCUUCCUAACCAGGAAGAAAUGAUUGGAAAGAAAAGAUCAAAAAGGUGGAGCAAGAGAGGAAGUGAAAUGAUAGAGAAUUCAACUGCCAUUUUUGGAUCAGAAGACUCAUCCAAUUCUACAAGUAGUAGAAAAAGGAAAAACAAAGGUGUGGCUUUGAACACAAACCCUUAUGAAACCAACUUUGAACCAUCUACUUCUAUAUUGCAAACCACAAGAAAGAGCAAAGGUCUUGUGGGUUUGAGCUCAAAUCCUAUUGGAACCAGCUUUGACUCAUUUAGUUUUGCACAAACUAAUGUUAAGAAGCCAUCAAGUCCUACUCACACUACACAAAACAACAAGAUCACCCCUAAACCAACUGGUGUUAGCAAUCUAUUGAGUUCAAAGCCAAAAAUACAAAGGAACAAAGUUGUGCCUUUAUAUACAAGCCCUACUCCAACCAACUUUGUUCCACAAACUAAACAAGUGCCUUUGACCACAAGGCGUUAUCCAACUCGUAGUUCAAGCCACAAAAGCUAAUAUACCGCCUUGAGCAAUAUUGGGAUGCAUCUUAGAUUGCGUCUUUUCUUGUGCAAUCCACCCCAAUCACACACCGACAAAUAAAAAGUGACAUGUCUAUUCAAAUAGCCACUAGUAGUAUAUAAUGUCUCUUCUUCGAAUCGCAUAUGAGGUUAUAUAUUUUAUGAUAUUUUGUGAUACUAUUCAUAUAACAAUCUUAAAACAAUUUUAGAUUUGAUUUCCUAUUU